UUAUCACCGCAGAAAAUUAUCAGCUUUAUGAGCAUCUUGUAGGCUCCGUUCAAAAAAACCAAAUAUCUCAUAAUGAAGAAAAUCUAAGUGCUAAUAUAACCAAUCUAAUGGUUAAACUUGAGUGGAUUAAACAACUUUUAGAAUUAGGUCAACUAGAAAAUCAGCAAAAGUCAGAAUUAAUAGCAGAACUCAAUAGUCAAAUCAAGCGAAUGCAGCAAUAUAUAGAUGAUCAAAAAAGAGAGAUAGAGGAGUUAAAAACUAUUAAAUAUUCGAUUGCUAGGUCAAAAAUAAUUAUUAAUAUUGACAAUCAUAUUACGAAUUUAGGAAGUGAAUAUCGAUUUCAAAAGUGGUUAGAGAAAUUGUCAAAACAUGAGGAAUCUUUGCCUGAAAGUCUUUUAUUUUUGGCAUUUGAUAAUAAACAAAGAGGGCAGAAAAAUUAUCUUGACCGAGGAUUCAAUACAGUGAUUUACCAUGUUGUUACUAGCUUUGUCGUUUUUAACAUAGCACUACUAAACAAAAUUCAGUAUACUAAUUCUUCUUGGGCUUAUAAUUCUUUUGACAGAUCACAGUAUGAAGAACUUUUCGAUGUUAGUUCUCAAAUACAAAAAGUUUUAGAUGAAGAAUUAAAUGCUUAUCAUAGCGAAGUUUUUAAUUUAUUAGUUAAAGAAAAAUUAUCCUCUAAUAAUCUAAUUGAUUCUCUUAUUUCGUCUAUAGAAAUUAACAUUACGAAUAUGAAAAUAUGUUCUUCAUGUAAUCAAAAAAAUAUUGAGAAUCAAAAGAGAAUAUGCCCAAAAUGUGGAAAGCAGUUGCUGACAUUAGCUGAGUUACAAAAAGAAGAAGUAAUUGAAAAUAAUAUAAUUAAUAAAUUAACCUAUUCGUUUAUUUUUAAACCAUAUAGUGUUAAUGAUAAACAAAAUGUUACAAGCUUUACCCAACAAGUUACUGAUCCAAGAGUUAAUAUUCCUGAAAUUUAUUUUCCCGACCUGAUAAAUAUUAAUUCUAACUCUAUUAUGAAUAUUGAAAAAGUUCUUUUACAUAUAGAAAUGAUAUCAGGUAUCAAAUCUGGAAUUCAUAAGUGGAUAGCUAUAGUUUGUGAUGGUAUUCUAUAUCAUUAUACUAUCAAACUUAAAGAAAAAUUUCCUUGGCUAGUUCUUAUACUGGGACAACUUCAUGAAGAGAUGAAUAUGCUUCGAGCAUUUGUGGAAUUAAAUUGGGAAAUUGACAUAAAAUGA